GAAUAUUUUCUUUAUAUUCUUCAAACUGCAAAAUCAAUGAAUGUAGACAUCUGAUGACGGGCGCUGCUGUCCAGAUCAAGAUUACAAAAUCAGUUUAAAUAUGGAUUGCUGAGUCGUCACUCGUCACUCGCAUCAUCUAUCCAACUGUCUCUCAUACAAAUACAUACUUCUCUCUCUUGCUGUUCCGUGCAUGCUUUGGCCCAAGAAUAACAAUUUUAUACGAUUCUUUUUGCAAAAGGGUACAAGGAAAAAGUGAUGAUGCAUCGUCUUCUUCAAUUGACUCUCAGAAACGCCAGCCAGGCUGGUCACUAUGUGAAGGAUAUUUCAGCAGGUAAAAAUCUGCAGAAACAUUUGGUCCAGGCUUCUGUACGUGCAAAAUCAUAUGGUACAGAGGCAUCUUUACAGAAGGAUGUUUCAUCAACUGAUGAUAAAGGCUAUAAGGGGCAUGAUAUGCUAGCGCCAUUUACUGCUGGAUGGCAGACUACAGAUUUGAAUCCUUUAGUUAUUGAGAAAUCAGAGGGCUCCUAUGUAUAUGACGUUAAUGGGAAAAAGUAUCUUGAUGCUCUUGCUGGAUUGUGGUGCACAGCGCUAGGUGGCAAUGAACCACGUCUUGUUGCUGCUGCAACGAAACAACUAAACACACUGCCAUUUUACCACUCCUUUUGGAAUCGAACCACGAAACCCUCUUUGGAUCUUGCUAAGGAACUGUCGGAGAUGUUCACUGCAAAUAAAAUGGCUAAGGUCUUUUUCACAAAUAGUGGAUCAGAAGCCAAUGAUUCACAGGUGAAGCUAGUUUGGUACUACAAUAACGCCCUUGGAAGGCCUAACAAGAAGAAGUUCAUCGCUAGACAAAAAUCAUAUCAUGGUUCAACACUCAUAUCAGCGAGUCUUUCAGGGUUGCCUGCGCUGCACCAGAAAUUUGAUCUGCCAGCUCCAUUCGUAUUACAUACAGACUGCCCACAUUAUUGGAGGUAUCAUCUGCCAGGGGAAACUGAGGAAGAGUUCUCUACCAGGUUGGCCAAGAACUUGGAAAAUCUUAUCCUCAAAGAGGGACCUGAGACGAUUGCGGCUUUUAUUGCGGAACCGAUUAUGGGGGCAGGAGGUGUGAUACCUCCACCAGCAACUUAUUUUGAGAAGGUUCAGGCUGUGGUCAAAAAGUACGAUAUCCUUUUUAUUGCUGAUGAGGUAAUAUGUGCCUUUGGAAGGGCUGGCACAAUGUUUGGCUGUGAUAAGUAUGGCAUCAAACCUGAUCUCGUCUCGCUGGCAAAGGCUCUUUCUUCUGCGUAUAUGCCUAUUGGAGCUGUUCUUGUCAGCCCAGAAGUCUAUGACGUCAUAUAUUCUCAAAGCAACAAGCUUGGUUCUUUCUCGCAUGGAUUUACUUAUUCUGGACAUCCUGUAUCAUGUGCCGUUGCGUUGGAAACACUGAAGAUUUACAAGGAGAGAAAUAUUCUUGACCAAGUAAAUAAAAUAGCCCCAAGAUUUCAGGAAGGGUUGAAAGCAUUUUCCGACAGUCCCAUCAUUGGGGAGAUACGGGGGACUGGUUUGAUUCUCGGGACAGAAUUUGCAGAUAACAAGUCACCAAAUGAUCCAUUUCCUCCUGAAUGGGGUGUAGGAGCUUAUUUUGGAGCACAAUGUGAGAAGAAUGGAAUGUUGGUACGUGUUGCGGGUGACAACAUAAUGAUGUCUCCUCCUUUUAUAAUGACUCCUGAAGAAAUCGAGAAGCUGAUAGAAAUCUAUGGGAAAGCUCUGAAGAGUACAGAAGAAAGGGUUGCAGAGCUCAAGUCUCAGAAGUGAUCCAUUCAAAGCAGUUUGGACAAUGGUGAAAAGAUUUGAUGUCUCCCAUGUAGAAAAAACCUGAGCUGGCUGUCCCCUCCCCCCAAUAAUAUUACACUGGAAUUUCAAUCAAGAAAUCAAAUUUUUACUUGUCAUUUCACAAAUGUAGGUAGCCAAGCAAAUGGUUAUUCAUCUCCUCUUGAGGUGCAUGUUCUGCUGU